GGCGCGGCCGCCGAGGAGGGCGCGGCCGCCGCGCCGCCGUUGGCGAGCGCCGCCGCGCCCGCUCGCGAGGAGGGGCCGGCGCCGCCCGAGCGGGCGGCCUGGGGCGCGGGCCUGUUCCCCGGCGUGCGGCCGGACUUGAUACCUGACGCUCCCAUCGUCGACCCCGGGUUCGUGGACGAAGAGGCACUCCGCGAGCAGAACCGGUUCCCGAUUCCGGAGGAGGGCCUGGUCCAGCUCGCCAAGGGGUUCGUCGCGAGGCUCUUCUCGGACCCCGCCGACGUCAAGAGGCGCAUGGCCUCGGACUUCCGCUUCGUGGCCCCCGUGGUGCCAGCCUUGGGCGACGGCCUCACGGGCGACCAGCUGACCACGGCCUUGGGCCAGUUCAGCAUACUCGACGCCGUGCCUGACCUCAAUCCGCAGCAGUACGACUUCCGCACCGACCCUUUCGAGCCGAACCGAGUUUGGUUCACGUCGCGGGGGCGCGGAACCAUGACGGGGACGCUCGCCGGGGGCCUGCCAGCCACCCGGAGGAGCUUCGAGUCUCCUCCGCAGACGAGCUCCUUGACAUUCAAUGCGGCGGGAGAGGUGACGAAGAUGACGAUCGGUUACGUCAUGGACAAGGACCGGGGGGGGUGGGCACCACUGGCGGCCUGGGCGGUAUCUUCGGCAUUCUCUACGGGAUCGGCUACGGGCUACCCAUACCCGAGGCUCAGCCGUGGAGCCCGUCUUUGCCAUACCGACUGCUGA